AUGGGCUCCAAGUCUGGCAAGAAGCGCGGGCCCGCGCCGCUCCGCGUGUACAACCUCAGCAACACCUCGCCGGUGGCCAUCACCCGCAUGGUCGCCAUCCUCGAGAAGCUCCUCAGCAAGAAGGCGCACAAGCGCGUCGUCACGAUGCCGACCAAUGGCGACGUGCCGUUCACGCACGCCAAUGUCAGCCACGCCGCGCGCGACUUCGGCUACCACCCUGCCACCUCGCUCGAGGUUGGCCUCCGCCAUUUCGUCGACUGGUUCGUACAGUACUACAAGGUCAACGUCAGGGGCAGCGGCAAUGUCCUCGCCGGCAAGACCGCCAAGAGGAAAUCCAUGCCCAUGUCCGCAGCAUCAUGA